AUUUGGUAUAGAGAAGAGUGUGAAGAGAGCCAAAUUAUUCUCUCAAAAAAGCCUCUCUCUGAUAACACCUCUUUACCUCACGCGCUUUCGGAUCUAUCUUCUUGACCCGCCCAUAGAUCCGGAUCCAUUAUCCUCUUGGGUCAGUCUUUAUUUUUCAUUUCCCCAAUUUCUCCUCUUUCAUAAGUCUUCUACUGCUUCCGGUUCUGUUCUUUUUCCCCAGUCGGUACAGAUUGAGAGAAGAGAUUACAAGAUCCAUAUUGAAGAAGAAGAAACAUCAUAACCGUAAAAUGCUGAAGACAAGAGCAAUGUUUCCUCACAAAGAUCAAGCAAUGUCGCUGUCUUUGGAUCCACAAUCUGAUCUUGUCGUCGGUCACACCAACAACAGACCAAUCACUAACCCACUGGCUUUGAGUCUUUUGAUUGGUCUGAACAACAAGAACAAGUGUAUCUCAGAUUCUGAUUUUGUCAGGAGUCCCAAAUCUCCUCUUGAAUUUAGGGUGUUGUCUACAAUGGCUGAUUCAUUUUUCCUUAGAUCUCCUCGAUCAUCACUCACUGCUCAUCUUAACUGUUGUUGUGGCCCUGCUGCUAAAGUUGGGUUAAGCAUUGUUGAUUCUCUUGGCGAUGAUCGGUGUUUGUUACCGGAUAUCGUGUUUGGACCGGCUUUGAGGAUCAAAUGUUCGGAGGUUAUGGACAAACAUCCCAAGUUGUUGUUCCCUGUAGCCAACAAGUCUAAGAAGAUUGAAAAUGAAAGAUCUGGUGUUGUUUUCGAAAUCGGUGAUAACUCUUCUGAGACUGAACCGGUUGGGUUGAGAAACCGGUCCUUUUCUGCGAAUGAUUGUCUGCGAAAAACCCGUGUUCUGUCUCGAUCCAAGUUGGGACAAGAAGGAGACUUCCCGGGGAGUGGUUCUGACAAUGCUUUCUCCUCUGAGGAUGAUAUGGAGGAUUACACUUGUAUCAUUGCACAUGGUCCUAACCCGAAAACCACUCAUAUCUAUGGUGACCGAGUUUUAGAGUGUCACAAGAAUGAGUUAAAGGGAGAUGAAGAUAAUAAAGAGAAGUUUGGUUCUGUGUUCCCCUCCGAUAACUUCCUCGGCAUCUGCAACUUCUGCAACAAGAAACUCGGAGGUGGCGACGACAUAUAUAUGUAUCGGUGCGUGCUUCUUUUCCAAUACCAAUACUAUCUACCAUAUGUAGGAUGAUUAUGAGUUGCGCAAGUUAGAGGAUGUUAAGUACAUAUUUGGAAUACAAUGCUAAACUUGUGAUGUUUGUGUGGUUAUGAAUUUGCACUUUUGCAGAGAGAAGUCAUUUUGCAGUGAAGAGUGUCGUUCAGAGGAGAUGAUGAUAGAUGAGGAGGAUUUGGAAGAGCCGUGCAUAGAUAUGCAUGAAUCUUUAAAGAAGCUCUUCUGAACAAGAAGCAGCUAUGACGAUGGCCAUGGGACGAGCUUUUAUAGACCCGAUCAUCGUCUUUUAACUACCUAAAGACUUUAUUAUAAUAUAUGUAUUGACUAGUGUCAUGCCAAUGUUAGGUAACAUGUGGCACUAAACCCGUUCAUCCGUCUACAAAGAGCUGUGUUUAUGCACAUCUAUUAGCAGCUGCAGCAGCCACGGAUGGAUUGGCCGGCUUUGGUUUUGUAUAUUUUGUAAUGGGUUUCGUUUUUUUUGUUUGUUUUGGAUGUCGAAGUUGAAGGAUACUACUAAGAUCUUAACUAAAUAAGUUUAGAGUGUUGGUUGCAAGAAAGGGAUUGUGUAAACCACUCCAUUUUCUUUGUCUUGUUUUUGAGGGUCUUUCUAUGGCCUCAUAAGUUUGUAUGAAGAUUUUAAUUAAAAAUAAGUAUUGUAUCUAUAUUGUUACAAUUAUAUCUUUUG